UCGUGUCUUCUGGCAUGGCGCGCAGGCUACUGGCAAAGGGCAAUCGCAAGUCACCCUCAAAGGAAUAACUAAAGCUUAUGUAUUUACAUCCCUUCAUGCGCCGGAUGAUGCAACACUCAGCGCAAUGUCACAGUUGCACUUGGUUCUCUUGAUUUACCGUUCCUUGGGCUUUCGGAUCAUGCCUCGCUUUGAGUGCCCGGGCGCUUCAAAGCAAUGUAAGGUUUCGUACGCCGCCUUCUCAACGCCAAGUUUACGUUAUUUGAGCCUUUGUUUCCGAAAUACCCAUUCUUUCUGUCAGACAAAUGCAGGACUUGCCACACCGGCUGCGGCUGUCGUGCUGAUGGGGAAAAGUGGAGCUGUGCCAGUGGCGCUAUUGUUGGUGGUUUUUAUGACCGUGACGUUUAGCGCUGAGCUAAUUGCGGUAUCGAGUAUCGUGGAAGUUUGGCACAUGCACAAAUUUCUGCGCACGCAUUCAAUGCGACGGGUGCGGAGAUUGUUCAUGUUUCACACUACGCGAUUUGUGGAUGGGCAAUAAUGAUGGAUGGGGUGCUGGGCGACCAUACGAACGAACGUCAACCU